AUGUGCUAUUUCGCCGCAGGUUACAGUGCCCGUUCACGCAGACAUCGCUUGCUAGUUUACGACAAGGUUACCGCUCGUCAUCGUCGACGAGUUAUAGUUUUUCGCCUGCAUCUAGAAUUUGCGAUAUUGCCCGGACGCCUGGCUAAAUCGGGAACCGCGUUUGACUUUCAUGUGCUGCCUCUCCGUGGUCGCGUGUACGCGUGGUGCGAUGUGCCCGCGACGCGCGUGAACUGCCUGCCCCCAUUCCUGCUCCCCCGUGGCUUGUCCGGCCGCCACCCUGUACCCUGA